UGACUUAGUUGAGUCGUGCAAUAACCUAUAAUCUGUGUCGAGUGGUUUAUUGAAGUUGGGCUACAACUAUUAAUAUUAUAACAUCGAUUUUAAUUAAUGAAACAGUAGAGGUACAUCUCACAUAUACUAAGGAUGGGAAAAAUUAAAAGAGAACGUCAAAAACUUCAUCACUCCAGUGGGAGAAAGAAGCCAGAAGAUGUGACAGUAACUGAAGAAUUUGAGCAGAAAUCAGUUGGAAAAAGUCCACUUUUGAAAAGUGCUGAAGAAUUUGCAGCAAUACCAGACAAUUUGUUUGAAGGGAUAGACAUCAACUUUGACAACUUGAAGCAGAAACUGACAGAAGACGAUAGAGUGAGUUUAAAAUCCAUUGCAAAAUCAUGCAAGUAUGACAGCAAAGGAAAAUUGUUGACAAAAAAAGAAAAACAAAAGAUCAAGCAUGAUCUGUUUAUGAGAAAAAUAAACACAGCUCAGCAACUAAAAAAGGAAGCACUUCAAAAACACAAGAAGAGGAAAGGCUUGAGGAAGAGUAACACCCAGCUGGACACUUCCAUUGAGCUGCCACUAAACACACAGAGGUCAUCUGAGGGCAUGAGUGAGACUAGUACCAAGCAAGUCAAAAGUAUCAAAUCCAAGGGUGUGAAGAAGGCGAAAGUGAGGCAGAGAGAAAUGCUGCAAGAUGUAUCAUGUUUUCGCAAGAUUCUAACCAACAUCCAGCUUACUGAAGAUCCUGAUCUUGCGUUUAACUAUUGUCUCAAACAAGUGAGAUCUGAGAUACCUUUAAGUGAAGCUCCGAGAUAGUUAACAGUAACUUUUUAACACCAUGUAUAUAUAUAAAUAUAUAUUAAUAUUUAUGUAAGUAAU